AUGAUCCGUCGAAAGCAUUCUUCAACGUCGUCGGCAAAAGUUCUCCUUCUCGAAGUGCUUCUUCUUCGCGGCGAGGACAGUCCGAGCGAAGCGGAAGACGAGCGAGACGCGGGAUCUGGCGCCUCAACCAACGUCUCCGUUUUCGUCUUUGCGUUCGGAAUGCCCAUCAUCCAAAUCGCCUCGCUCCCGGCUCCGUUCCCUUCUCCGAUCAGUUUCGAUGCCUCUUCACUUCAAUUCUGUCCCCGAGUCUACAGACCCAUCUAUUCU